AUGGCUGAAUCUGAGCCCUCGUACAUUGACUACGAGGCCUUCCUUGAUCCGUCGUUCUCUCCCACCUCCUUUGCCAACACCCUGAUCACAAGCACGAACAAUCCCUCCGACUCGCCACUCGAUCUCUCCACCCCUCUCUCACGAGUGCUAUUCGAUAUCCAAGAGAUAGACACUCAUAUACAUACCCUAACUACUAAAUCCGCACUUCCUCUCCUCGCACAUACUCGCGAUCAAAAUGAUGCCGGAUUGAGAGUUUUGCACGCCGUUGAGGCGCAAGUCUCCGUCCUAAAAGAGGGGUAUGAGAGACUGGAGAAGGAUGUUCUGAGAAAGUGGGAGGGCGCUGAAGAAGUUAGAGGUGCUGCAGAGAGGUCUUGGGCUACUGUGAGGCUUGCCAGGGCUGUUGGGAGAUGCUUAAUGCUAGGCAGGCAACUAGAAGGGCAACUUCUGGAAUUGAGCUCGCGAGCCGCAGAUACCGGCGGGGGCGGCUCAGCGAACCUGGUGAGAGAAGAUCAUAGGGCUCUCAUAAGAGCCUCCCAUACCCUUCUAAUGUUAAGGCGGAUGUUCACAACUACGGCAGAUGGAGAAGAAGGCUAUGGGCUUGACCGAGUCAAGGUCAUUCGAACUUUGAGAAGCGACCUAGUGACACCAGCGGAGAACAGCAUAAAAGCGAGAGCACAGCAGAUUGUGCAGAAGUUCUCAUUAACGUCCUUUGCCCUGGGGGCGGAAAACUCUACCCUUUCUGCGAGUUCUCGCGGCCCGAGCCCCGGGCCCACUACCUAUGCGCAGCAAGAAGAGGCAAGAGGGCGUGCUAUCUCUGCUAUCACGGCACUAUAUUUGCUAUCCCCAACUCCAAAAACCAAUAUCCCAGCAUUUACCUUUACCCCAGACCUUCUGCUUGCUACUUUGAAGGACUAUAUUCAUACAGCUUUGUCCACGUCGUUGGCUGCUCUAUCGCGGGGAUUAGCUAUGCUUCCAUCGCUUGAUCGAGCUCUCCUUGAGGUUUCCACACGUUGUCAGCACAUUGUAGCACUAGAAUCAUUGUUGGAGGGCAUUAAAGCUCCCAGUCACCCGUUCCUAACCUAUCCCUCGAGCCAAGUGCACGAAACAGAAAGACACGCGAUUGAUGGAGAUACUACGAGGAUGAAGGCAAAUCUACUUCAACCUUUGUUUCAAUCACUGGACACCCCGUCUCUCCCUUCGUACUUCUGGCGGUCGCUGGCUUCGUCCCUCUCACCUCGUGUCCGAGAAAUCGUUUCGCGCGGUGGUGUUUCUGCACGCACUUUAAGAUCGAACAGAGACCGGCUUCGUGAAGAUAUCCGAGCCUGUGUUUUACGAGGCUCUCAACUGCCCGGUACUGGGCUAACCAGAGCGUCGUCGCGGGCCGCGGAUGCGCCUAUAGUUGUUGGGAAUUGGGAACGCGAGGCCGCAGUCAUGGUCAGUUCUGUGGUUAGUGCCCUUGGGAGAUAA